GCACCCCCGAAGGGUAGAAACCCGAAUCCCAGCGGGCUCGGGCGUGCGAUCAUCAAUAGGAAAGUCAAGGAUGCUCAUAAGGCCCGGGAGUCAGGCCUCUAUACGACCGAUCUCGACCCCACCAACCGUCUGCAGUCGAUAACGCAGGAGCGCGAUCUGGACGAGUUUCUUAACACUGCGCAACUCGCAGGAACCCAAUUCACAGCAGAACGUCGCAAUGUCAAAAUUAUCAAUGCCCCUACCGGUUCUCAGCACAACCCAUAUCUCUUGUCAGAGGAGGAGGAGCGGAGUACCAUACAAAAACAGCACGAGAACAAGCAGCGCCUUCGUGUGCCAAGGAGGCCGCCAUGGACAAAAGGCAUGUCAGCAGCGCAGCUAGAUCGGCAAGAGAAGGAUGCUUUCUUAGAAUGGAGGAGGGGGCUUGCAGAACUUCAGGAGCGGGAUAGAUUCCUACUGACGCCGUUCGAGCGCAAUCUAGAAGUAUGGCGACAACUAUGGCGUGUCCUCGAACGGUCCCACCUGAUCGUUCAAAUCGUUGACGCGCGGAACCCGCUUCGUUUCCGAUGUGAAGACCUGGAGUCAUAUGUACAGGACGUCGAAGGCGCAGAAGGAGAGCAAGGCACGGGGAAAAAGAAAAGGCGCAGCUUAUUGCUAAUCAACAAGGCGGAUCUCUUGACGGCGAAACAGAGGCGAGAAUUUACUGAAAAGCGUUUAUGGGCGGAUUACUUCGACGCGCAAGGCGUACGCAAGCUCAGAGAGAGGCUAUCGCUGCUACCCUGGACGUCCCAUCGUCCGGAGAGGAGGGGAGCGAGCGACACAUGA